GGCUGGCUGUCGUUAGCGGCGUCAAACACCAACCACGCUAGCGCUGUUAGCCGGCAUGCUAGUUUAGCAGGUGACAGGGUUGCAUCAGCGUGUGUGACAAACGGACUUUUAGAGAAAAGUUAGAUAAACAGUAGUGAAAAUCAGGACAUAAACGUUUAGCUUAUGUCCUCAACGCCUGUGCUCUGCUAACGGAACCGCGAAUGUUCUAGAAAAGCCGGCUCUGCAGGUGUUUUUGUCCAGAUCAGUCUGAGCUCGAAGCUCCAAACUGCAGCAUGAUGCUCACAGCACCAAAACACCCCCUCGUCAUCUUCACCAUCUUCGGUCCUUAAUAGUGGACUAACGUUAACUCAGGAAGGUAAAGUCUUGCUGUAACAGAGAACACAACGGCCAGAAAGGAGAGAGAAGUGAGGGAGUUCAGUUCUUCCUCUCCACAACAUCCACCCACAUCUUCAUCUUCUUUAUCCAUCAUGGAGGUCGUGAUGCAGUAGAGAAUGCAGGAGAAAAAGGACGCUCAGCCAAAAUCAGCCAGCGGCCUGGGGAAGGCUCACCCUGCUCUGAAGGCGUUUAUGUGUGGUUCUCUUAGUGGAACCUGUUCUACACUGCUGUUCCAGCCUCUGGACCUGGUCAAGACUCGCCUGCAGACGCUGCAGAACAGCCUCAGUCCAGGGUCUCCUAAGGUGGGGAUGCUGAGUGUGUUCAUUACGGUGGUCCGUACAGAGAGGCUGUUCGGUCUGUGGAAGGGUGUGUCUCCAUCGUUUAUGCGCUGUAUUCCAGGUGUGGGUAUUUAUUUCAGUACGUUUUAUUCGCUGAAGCAGCACUUUUUUGAGGACCGAGCCCCGAACGCAGGCGAGGCAGUGCUGCUGGGUGCCGGGGCGCGCUGCGUGGCCGGAAUCGCCAUGCUGCCUGUUACCGUCAUCAAAACCCGAUUCGAGAGUGGGCGGUAUAACUAUGUGAGCGUUUUCGGGGCUCUGAGAAGUGUGUGUCAGACAGAGGGUCCAUGGGCGCUUUACUCCGGCCUGACAGCCACACUGCUCCGAGACGCUCCAUUCUCUGGAAUCUACGUUAUGUUCUACAGCCAGGCUAAACGAGCUCUGCCACAUGAGAUCAGCUCAUCAGGCCUGGCCCCAGUGGUGAAUUUCGGUUGUGGGGUGUUAGCGGGAAUCUUAGCGUCGUUAGUCACGCAGCCGGCCGAUGUGGUGAAAACUCACAUGCAGGUGAGCCCAGCGCUGUACCGCCGGACCAGCGACGCCAUCCGCUUUGUUUAUUCCGAGCAUGGUCUCCGGGGCUUUUUUCGAGGGGCUGUUCCUCGGUCGUUGAGGAGGACACUGAUGGCGGCUAUGGCCUGGACAGUCUACGAGCAGCUCAUGGCGCGAAUGGGGCUCAAAUCCUGAGAGUGGUUGUGUGGAGUGUUUAUCUGUGCUGAGAGCUCUUUUUGUAAAAGACACAAUUGCAGCUGACACUUCAGGAGGAAUCGAAGGAAAUGUCUGUGUGGCCUCUUAACGCUGACGCUCGCGAUUUCUGGCAGCACGUCUCAGCAGAUACAACACUCCCACCUCCACACACUCCUCUCUCACACACACACUUAGAUACAGCACUGUGCGAAAGUUUUAGACGCCUGAGAAAAUUGUAAUUAAAAAGCUGUUUAUCUGCGAAUUGUUUAUUCACAUAGAAAAACACCAACAUUAAAACAAAUACAAUACUAUUAACAUAACAAGUAUUGAUUGUGUGUCAGUAUCCCGGUCACAAAUUGCAUUUAUUAAUUUUUUAUUACAUUAUCACCUGAUCGCAGUUAUUUAAUUAUUUGCGCUAAUAUUUGAACAAAUUAAUGCGAUGUUUGGAGUGCUGUGAGAAGUCAGGAGCGAAACCUGUUCUUCUCAAUAUAUUCUUCAAACUUACAUAUUCAUAACUUUACUGACAACACCACAUUCUAACUGACUACUGUAUUUAUCUUUGUAUUUAUUCUAAUAUUAUGGAGUUUUUACUGGUCAGGUACAGGACAGACUUGCUUCCCUUAUAAAUAGUUUUAAAUAGUUUGCUUCAGUGUCUAUGACUUUUGCACAGUGCUGUAUAUUGCCAUACACUCCCAAACACAUAGAUACACUCAGCUCUCACACACUUGAAACACAUCCAUAAAAAGCUCCAUUACAAGUAACUCUCUCAGAGAAGCACUCCCUGAACAGAAUAGAGAACAACAUAACUGUCCUCUUCAGGCUCUGCCCACAUAUUAUAGAAACUGUUGUGAGGUUGGACAAGCUUUACAGAACGCUGGUAAAACCCCCCAUUCGACCUAAUGAGAAACUGUAGAACAGACUCUGUUUAUAUCACAAUAUCUACAUUUAGAGUGAAAGAAUAACUUAAUGAAUGACUGAAUGAGUUAAUGAAAAGUGUAGGUAUUGAUAUAAACUGAGUCUGUUCUACAGUUUCUCAUUAGGUUGAAUGAAUAACUGGUUCUAAAUGUAGGUAUUGUGAUAU